AUGGCAGGUCCAAUUGAAUUCACGGAUGAAGUCUUAGGUGCUGGAGUGAACAAGGCACGUAUGAGCUUGGUGAGCAGACUCCUUUGCUCUUCACAUCCUUCCAGAAUCAGGGUGCAACAUACUGCUAAUAACAUCUGGGCUAAGCGUGUUAUGGUCACUGUCCUUGAUGCUGGGUAUGGUCUAUUUCAAUUUGUCUUUGGUAACGAAGAUGAUUACCAGGAUGCCUUGAACAAAUCCCCAUGGUUCAUCCAGUCGAAGAUCUUCGCCCUAAAGAAGUGGGAGAAACCAACCCAUCAGCUAUUCCUUGACCUCGCUCUGGUUCCUUACAAUGUUCAACUUUGGGACAUCCGAAAGAGUAUCGAACGGUGGCAUUGGGAAGACUGUUGGCUUCAAGACUUGGACCAGUGGAAGAUGCGACAAUGUACCCAUUAUGGGACAACCCGGGCAGAAUGUUCAAGUCCAAAGUCCUUAUUGACGUAUUUGCUCCAUUGGAACAUCGAUUGGAAGCACGAAAAGGGCAGUUGA